AUGCACACAGGCGGGGUCUUCCUUGAUGUUGCCAAGGCCUUCGACAAGGUCUGGCACAAGGGUCUCUUGCACAAAAUGAUCACCAGCAGUUUCCCUGAUGGUCUAAUUCAACUAAUUGAAUCCUACCUUGACCAUCGAACGUUCAGCGUCAAGCUGGGUGACGUACGUUCCUCGGUUCGACCCAUUAGAUCAGGUGUGCCCCAAGGGUCUAUCCUGUCGCCAUUUCUAUUUGCCAUCUUUAUGGCUGACAUGCCCAAGAUUCAGGCCGGAUCCUCCACCUCCGUAGCCUACUACGCCGAUGAUACUGCCAUCCUGGUGAGGCACACUUCGACCGAUCAUGUCACGAGGUUGCUCCAAGAGGCCCUUGAUCAAAUUGAGGAUUGGUUCCGGCUCUGGCGUAUUGACGUCAAUCCGACCAAGAGCGUUGCGGUUCUGUUCACUCGAAAGCGCGCCACUCCAUCUGGUUUGCGUUUCAAGCAGCACAUCGAAUCGACCAGGAACAAAGCCUGUGCAACCAUCAAGCUGCUUUAUCCCUUGAUGAACAGGAGGAGCCGUCUCAACAUUCCAAGCAAGUUGGCCAUUUACAAAUCAAUCAUAAGAUCCGGCAUGACUUAUGCGUCUCCUGCAUGGGGUCAUACUGCACGCACUCACUUGUACAAGCUGCAAGUGAUUCAGAAUAAAACAUUGAGAACCAUCUACAAUGCGCCCUGGUUCAUCAGGAAGGUGCAGCUGCACCGGGAGGCUAAUAUUCCUUUCCUCUCGGAAUAUAUGAAGAAGUCAGCUGAGAAGGCUUUUGCCAGAGCUGAGAUCCAUUCAAAUCCUCUCCUGCGAGCGGCCGUCGACUACGACCCGGGUGAUUAUCACACCCAUAAAAGGCCGAGAAUGGCUGCUACAUGA